GGCGGAAAAAGAAGACCCCCAACAUGAUGAAGAACGGGCUUUCGCUGCUCUCGAACACUUUAGCCUUUUAAAGACAUUUGAGUAGUAGUAUAUUUGGGAAACAUUCGGGAUGAUACCAUCAAGUAUCCGCGGACGUUUAGUGCUUUUUACCGACACCGUGGUCCGCCAGGGGGAUAUAUGCCUGACUUCUCUUAAUAGCCAUUUUUUGCAGACAAAGAGAGCUGUUGAAUAGAGCUUUCAGAAAGGCACACGGGUCCCCGGGGGGCUCCAGUGGAUGAAGAAAGCGAGCAACAUGUGGAGCAACCUGAAGAGCAAAUGCCAAACACUCUUUCACAACAGCAGUUCAGGACCCGGUGAAAGCAGGGUUGAGGCAGAUGCCGUCCACUGUGUGGUGGAUCUCUGCCAAGGAGGCAGCUCAGGUGAGGCUCAGGCAUCGGGAGCCUCCAGCCCAUCGAGGAGCCUCCUCCCGGUGCCCAUGGUAACAACAGGACGCCGCCAUCACAACUGCGUGUCGGACAUCCCCCAGCUAGUAGAGAUCACUAUAGAUAAGGAUACUGAGGAUGUUCGGGGUGGGUCGGGGGGUGUUCCACUGGCCCGGAGAGACUCCUAUUCCCGUCAUGCUCCGUGGGGGGGAAAGAAAAAACACUCAUGUUCCACCAAAACCCAGAGCUCUCUGGAGGCAGACAGGCGAUCUGGGCGACUACGUGGGAACCGUAGGGACCGGCGUUACGGAGUCAGCUCCAUCCAGGAGAUGAGUGACUCCGUAUCCGGGGGACGUAGUCUGAAUGCUCGGUCGCUGCGUCAGCGGCUGAGUGAUACUGUAGGUCUGUGCUUACCCCUGCCAGCUCGCAGGCGCUCACGCUCAUCUAAGAACCCCGUCACCUCCAAGCGUAAGAUCCACCUGACCGAGCUCAUGCUGGAGACUUGCCCCUUCCCACCUGGCUCAGACCUCGCCCACAAGUGGCACCUGAUCAAGCAACACACAGCACCGGUCAGCCCGCAUUCCUCCACCGCCCUACUGGAUGCCUUUGACCCGGCCCACCCCUCCCCUGAGGACGAGGAGGAACGUCUGCGUGAGCGUCGCAGACUUAGCAUCGAGGAAGGUGUGGACCCACCACCUAAUGCACAGAUCCACACCCUAGAGGCCUCAGUGCCAGGCUCCUCUCUCUACAAACUGGGACCAAAGAUGGCUCCUUGCAUGGGAGAGGCCUCUGGGGAAGGCCGGGCCACAGCGGCCAGCAGCUCUGGGGGUGCUGCGUCAUCAGGAGCCUCUGGGCAGGUGUUGGGGGCUACGGCAUCAACCCAGGACUGUGACUCUGAGGAGGAUUCCACCACCCUCUGUCUACAGGCCAGGAGGCCCAAACAGAGGCACGCCUCUGGGGAUGGUCACCUGAGCCGACAGCAGCCCGGGCCCUGGAAGGUUCACACCCAGAUAGACUACAUCCACUGCCUGGUGCCGGACCUAUUGCAGAUAACAGCUCUGCCCUGCUACUGGGGCGUGAUGGACCGCUAUGAGGCUGAGGCGCUGCUGGAUGGACGGCCAGAAGGCACCUUCCUGCUCCGUGACUCAGCCCAGGAGGACUACCUCUUCUCCGUUAGCUUCCGCCGUUACAACCGCUCACUGCACGCCCGCAUCGAGCAGUGGAACCACAAUUUCAGCUUCGACGCACACGACCCUUGUGUUUUCCACUCUUCCACCGUCACAGGACUGCUGGAGCACUACAAGGACCCCAGCGCCUGCAUGUUUUUUGAACCGCUGCUCACAGCGCCUCUCCAUCGGACCUUUCCCUUCGGCCUGCAGCACCUGGCACGAGCUGCCAUCUGCCGCUGGACCACUUACGAUGGUAUAGGCUCCCUGCCGCUGCCCCCUGCCUUGCAGGACUUCCUCAAGGAGUAUCACUAUAAACAGAAAGUACGAGUUCGCUGGCUGGAGAGGGAACCGCCACUCAAGGUCAAAUAAGGCGGGUUUCUCCACAGCCUGUACACACACACACACACACACACUGCAGGAGGAUUACAGAACUUGAGAAAUUCCUCAUUAGCCAAUUAGAGGCUAUACUGACAUGGCUCUCUUUCUGGUGGGGGAUGGAAUUAAAAUGUAACAAGCUAUACAAGAUUCAUUCUAAUCUUUGUUUUAGUUAUUACUUACAUCACAGAAAAUACAUAUGAUUAUAUUCAGUAUAAUGCUGUCUGGCAAGCACAUGUUUUUGUGUUGAACAGGUUUUUUUUUUUUUUUUUUUGACAGGGAGGGAAGAUACAAAUAUCAGUGCUUUUGUGUCUUUUCUCUCCCGCUUUGUGCUAAAUGUCUGCCUGAUCCCACAACAUCACCCUGCCUGUAGACCUGCCUGCAUGCCUCCCUGUUCAUCCCAAAAUUGCUGUUUAGGCCCACACGGCUACAUUGUACAGUUCACUUUGUGCUUUCUCUAUUAUUUUUUUUUCUUCCUUAGCUCGUCAAAGCACCUAGUGGAGCACCUUCCUAAGAGGUGUGUGUGGGUUGAGAGGGGCUUCUGGAGGUGCUAUUGGUAUAUUGCAGUCAGAGCUUGUCCCGUGGAUGAAGCUACAUAAAGGCACAUUCUUUGCCAUCUCUUUGCACGCGAGCAUCAGCUAAGUCGGAGACGGAGACAGAUUCUGAGAGGGUCCACAGAGUUCAGGACAGUACAUCAGGGAAAUGAAGUGCUUUCUAAAGACUAUAGAUUAGUCCUUUUUAAAAUAAACACCAGUUCCUCAAUAAGCAGUAAUAGCGAAUGACGAAUAACAAAUCAGUAAACUGUGUCGUAUUUAGUGAGCGAGCGAAACUUGUCGACUUUUAUUCCCACUGUGCGCUUUCAGAUCAGGAGGGACAGAUUGUCAGGAAAUCUUCUCACCGUUGUUAGUUCUCACAGCAGUCUGGCCACAGGCAAACUUUUACGCAUGCUAUUGUGUGUAUACAUGCACAAUUCAUUUCUUCCUGUAUGAAAUUUAGCUCCUAGGGUAGCACAUGAGCAGUCUGGUCUCUUUAUGGAAUGAUAUUACAGCUUUAUAGCGUCAAGUUUUACACCAACGUCCGUUUUUUUUUGUUUUUGACCCACCGUAUCAGUCACUUUUC